AUGUCCUUUGGCUUCAAGAACUCGGGUGCCACAUUCAACCGAGCCAUAUUCAAGAUGUUGCAGGCACAAAUUGGCCACACCGUUGAAGCUUACAUCGACGACCUCAUUGUCAAGAGCCAGAAGGAAUCCAACCACCUCCAAGAUUUGGCAGAAGUCUUUGAAAUCCUUAAACUACACAAGCUCCGCCUAAACCCUGAAAAGUGUGCAUUCAGUGUGAGCGCAGGGAAAUUCCUUGAACACUUGGUCACACGACGUGGUAUUGAGGCCGACCUCAACCAGAUCAAAGCCGUAAAAGACUUGCGCCUACCGAGAACGAACAAGGAAGUACAAAGGCUCACUGGAAUGGCAGCAGCUCUAAACCAAUUCAUCAGCAAAUCAUCAAACAAGUGCCACGCAUUCUUCCAUGCCUUGAAGGGUAAGAGUCGACGCAGUUUUGAGUUGACCCCGGAUUGUGACUCCGCCCUGGCCGAACUUAAAGAAUACUUAAGCUCAGCCCCACUACUGGUAAAACCAAAGGAGUUUGAGACCUUGUAUCUGUCUCUUGCAGUCUCUGCCCAUGCAAUCAGUUCAGCACUAGUGCGACAAGUCGACACAGACGACAUGCCCAUUUACUUCACAAGCAAAACACUCCUCCCAGCGCAAACACGCUAUCUACCACUUGAGAAAUUGGCACUCGCUUUCAUCUCGACAGCCAGGAAACUCUUACCUUACUUCCAAUCCCACACCAUCACCGUUUUAACAGAGCACCCUUUAAAAAGCCUUUUUCGAAAAGCUGAUCUAUCCACCAGGGUCUCCAAAUGGGCAGUCAAAUUAGCAAACUUUGACAUCCGUUUUGAGCCACGGACGGCGAUCAAGGGUCCAAUUCUUGCCGACUUCAUCACAGAAUUAACACUGAAAGAUACUGAUAUUCUCAACAUUCCCACUCCUCAACCUAUCACAGAAUCAACAAAAGCACUAAUGCCUUGUUCUCUAAGCAUCGACUUCCCCGCCACCAAUAAUGAAGCUGAAUACAAAGCCCUCCUUGCUGGCUUAUGCUCCGCAGUUGCGAUGAAAGUCUCCGAUCUUGUUGUUUAUUGUGACUCCCAACUCAUAGUUAACCAAAUCAACCACGAACACAACGCUCAUGCAGACGCACUCGCUAGCCUUGCCUCAGCCUCAGCCUCCAAAGCCUCUGAAUUCAGGACUAUCAACUUUGGCAGCAUCGACCACCCAAGCUUUGACACCACUCUAGAUGUACUCAACGUUGAACUCGAUCCAAGCUGGAUGGACGAGAUCGUGGCAUUCCUUAAACAUGAUACGCUUCCAACAGACAAAAAGGAAGCUUAUUGCAUCAGGAACAAGGCCGCUUACUACUGGCUAUCUGAAAGUGGCAAACUCUACAGGAAAACUAUCUCGGGCCCUUAUCUCCUCAUCGUCCAUCCAACCCAAGUUCCCACGAUUCUCACCGAGCUUCACUCAGGUAGUUGUGGCUGUCACUCUAGUGGUCGUUCGCUCUGCCAAUGCGCAAUAAGCCAAGGUUAUUUUUGGAAGAACAUGAAGAAAGACUGCGAAGAAGUCGUCCGCAAGUGCCGACCGAGCCAACUUUUUUCCCCUAUCCCAAAGCAACCAGCCCAAAAUCUUUCCCCCAUUACAAGUCCCUGGCCCGUUGCACAAUGGGGGCUCGAUAUUGUGGGAAAGCUGCCAACAACCCCUGAAGGCUUCAAGUUUCUGAUCACGGCAACGGACUACUUCUCAAAAUGGGUAGAGGCUGAACCUCUUGCAACAACCACCGAAGCCGAUGUAAGAAGAUUCGUCUGGAGAAAAUUGUCACUAGAUUCGUCAUCCCUUACGCCAUCGUCUCAGACAAUGGAAGCCAAUUCGUCAGCAAGGACCUAA